AUGAAUUGGUGCUGGUCUGUUAUUCUCCUCUCGGUUACGGCGAUACAAGGCAGGCGUUAUGCAACGAAUCAAUUGCAGGGAAGAAUAUAUGGACAGCAACAGCAAUUGCAUCGUCGCCAUGGUCAUGGUGAGGAUUUUUUCGACACCGACAAUUGGAAUUGGCAAUGGCACGAAGAGGAUUAUCUGGUCACAAAUUGGCAGAGAAAAUGUUCCAAAUAUCAACUGGGCAAUUCGGUAAAGAGUUUCAUUGCCAAUGGUGUGGCAGCGGAUAUGGAUAAAUUUCCCUAUCUGGUGGGUUUGUUGUUGUUCGACUCGCCAAGGAUUUUUCAGUGUGGCGGCUCUUUGAUAUCGACGAAAUUUAUUCUUACUGCGGGUCAUUGUUUGCUGAGAGCUUCCGAGGGACGUGUCUAUGUGGGUUCUUAUGUCUAUGCCAAUGCUGCCUCCGCCGAAGCGGUCUACAAUGUGACACGCAGUAAUUUCAUUAUCAACGAACGCUAUGAUGGCCGCCAUGGCUUUUUGGAUGACAUUGCUUUGAUAAAAUUAAAGGAUCCGGUGGCACUGUCGCCCCGCGUAAAAGUAAUACCCUUGGCUAGAAAUUUCUUCAGCGAAGAGUUUUUACAAAAUGAAUUGGUGACGGCUGCUGGCUGGGGUCGUACCUCGGAUAACAGCACUUCCUUCAAUACGAAACUGUACUAUGUGGUGACACCUGUUUUGAGUUAUGACAAAUGUAUGUGCUACUAUUUGCCGGGAUUGGUCAAUCGUCGCAAACAUUUGUGUGCCGAUGGCACGGGAGGACGUGGCGGCUGUGAUGGUGAUUCUGGAGGACCGUUGGUCUACAAAUUUAGAGGAAUGGAUUAUUUGGUUGGUGUCACUUCGUUUGGCAGUGCUGGGGGCUGUGAAAUCGGCCAUCCCACCGUGUAUACCAAGGUGACCAAUUAUUUGGCUUGGAUAUACAAGAAGACGGGGAUACGAGCUCCAUAG